UGCCGCCUGCGGGCUUCCCCGCCUGGCGCGGCGCGGCUGCUGGGCGCCGGCAGGCAGGUGGAGCGGGAGCAACAAGUCCUCCGGCGGCAGCGGGGAGGGGAGCGGGAGGCGGAGGGGGGGCGCUUCCCGCCCCGCGCCUGAAAACCUCUCUGACAAGUGGCAAAGCGCUCGCAGAGCCCGCUGCUCCCUCCGAAGGGCGGCUGGAAGCCGCGGGGCACGCCUCGCACCCAGCCCCGCUGCCGGCUCGUGGCUCGUCGCCCCCGCCUCCCGCCGCCGCCUCUGCCGCGGGGUGGGUCGCGACCCGCUGCCGGCGGUGCGCGGUGCGGGCUGCGGAGCGCGCCGCUUCGCCUUCAAAGUGUGUGAGCCGGCUGCGGGCUUCGCUUCUACUUACCGCGGGUUUUUUUUUUAAUCUUUUUUUUUUUGGUCUUUUAAAUAAUUGUUUUGGCGUUUUGUUAAUUUAUUUUCUCCUACUUCGUUGCUGUUAUUUUUGUUAUCGUUGUUUGUAAACUAAUUGCCUCCAUGGGGGGCGGAGGAAAGGAAAUCAAAGCUGCCGCAGCUGAAGGGUGUGCGAGCACGCUGGGGAAGAGCCGAGGAGCCGCAGGACGGGAUGGCAACGGGAAGCCCGGCGGCAGCGGGAAGCCCGGCCUCGGGAAGCCCGGCUGCGGCGGGGAGCGCUGCCCGCGGCGGGCCGGGCCGGUCGGCUCCGCGCUGGCCGCGCUCCUCUCGGCGCUGGCCGCGGCCUCCUGCGUCUACCUGGGGGUGCGGACCAGCGACCUCCAGGCCAGGGUCGCGGCCAUCGAAGGCGCCCGAGGGGGCUUCUCUGCCGCCGCCCCGCUCCCGCCGCUGCCCGGCUUUUCCUUGGAGCAGCUGAACGCGAUGAUGCAGGAGAAAGUGGAGCGACUUCUCGCCCAGAAAUCCUACGAGCACUUGGCAAAAAUACGAGUAGCGAGAGAAGCGGCUCCAGAGUGCAACUGCCCACCAGGUCCUCCAGGGAAAAGAGGUAAGCGGGGAAGAAGAGGAGAGACUGGACCUCCUGGUCAGCCUGGUCCUCAAGGUCCUCCUGGUCCAAAAGGCGAGAAGGGAGAUCAAGGUGAUCAGGGCCCUCGGGGUCUGCCAGGCUUCCCCACAGUUGCUGCUCUGCACAGUAAUCAGAUCCUCACCGUCAAGGGGGACCAAGGACAAGCUGGACCCCCUGGACCUCCAGGGCCACCAGGACCCAGAGGUCCCCCAGGAGAUACCGGCAAAGAUGGUCCUCGUGGGAUGCCUGGCUUAACGGGUGAGCCAGGAAAACCAGGAGAACAAGGAUUGACGGGACCUCAGGGGCCUCCAGGACAAAAGGGUUCUGUCGGAGUGCCUGGUGUUCCAGGGAGAGAUGGACAAGUGGGUGAACCUGGUUUGCCUGGCAUAGCAGGAGAGAAGGGAGAAGCAGGGCUUAAGGGUGACCCUGGAGAAAGAGGACAAAAGGGGGAUGCUGGCGAGAAUGGACUGAAGGGUGACACAGGAGAAAAGGGUGACCCUGGCUCUUCUGCAGCUGGAAUUAAGGGUGAACCCGGUGAAUCUGGGCGGCCUGGACAAAAGGGUGAACCAGGCCUUCCUGGGCUUCCUGGACUCCCUGGAAUAAAGGGUGAACCAGGUUUCAUUGGUCCACAAGGAGAACCUGGGUUGCCAGGGCUACCAGGAACAAAGGGUGACAAAGGAGAGGCAGGCCCUGUUGGGAAGGGUGAGAGAGGUGAACCUGGAAUCCCUGGACCAAAGGGUGAUACAGGUGAGAGAGGUGACACAGGAUCUGCAGGUCCACGGGGACCACCUGGACAGAAGGGUGAUCAAGGUGCAACAGAGAUAAUUGAUUACAAUGGCAAUAUCCACGAAGCUCUGCAGGGACCACCAGGACCACCAGGACCCCAAGGACUGCAAGGAUCAAAGGGUGAACCAGGAUCCCCAGGAGCUCCAGGAGCUGAUGGAGAGCAGGGUCCUAAGGGCUCAAAGGGAGACACAGGUGAUCCUGGAAUGCCUGGUGAAAAGGGAGGAAUCGGUCUGCCUGGCCUACCAGGAGCCAACGGCAUGAAAGGUGAAAAAGGAGACGUUGGUUUGCCUGGUGCCCAAGGUCCUUCAAUGAUAGGACCACCUGGACCACCAGGGCCACAUGGUCCUCCAGGCCCCAUGGGACCUCAUGGACUGCCUGGCCCAAAGGGUGAACCAGGGUUAAAUGGUCUUAAAGGAUUGAAGGGUGAACCAGGUCAAAAGGGUGACAGAGGGCCCCUUGGUCUUCCAGGAGCAUCUGGCUUAGACGGAAAGCCAGGAGCCCGGGGCAUAGAUGGCCCAGUUGGUCCCCAUGGGCCUGCAGGUCCCAAAGGAGAGAGAGGUGAGAAGGGAACUGUAGGUGACCCUGGACCCAGAGGACCAUACGGCUUGCCUGGUUUCCCUGGUCCUCGAGGAGAAAAGGGUGAUAUAGGAGAAAAGGGAGAAAAGGGGGAAAAGGGAAAGAAAGGCAAAAAAGGGCCUAAAGGGGAGAAAGGAGAACAGGGUGCUCCUGGAUUAGAUGCACCUUGCCCAUUGGGUCCUGAUGGAUUACCAAUGCCUGGCUGUUGGCAAAAGACAGCACAGGCUGUGGGCAUCCACAAAGUACGUAAGGAAGAAGGUUUGGUGCAGAGCUUGGAGCCUUUUCUCACUCUGGGGAAGUUGCAAGGAUCUGUGUAUUCACCAGAAGUUGAAACUAUUGCUUAGGCAAGUUCAGAGGCCCCUGGGAUCUAAAGAAGUAAAGCUGAAAAUCACCAGUCUCCUUUUUCUGUAGUUCUGAAGGUGAAAAAUAAACGUGAACUGCUGAGAAAUGAAGAUGUGUGCAAGCAGCAUCACAAAUAACAGUGCAAGCUAGAAAAUGUGAGGGUCUCUUUUCCACAGAUCCAGCUUGUUUUGCAAAAAUUAUUAUGAUAAUAAUAAUUAUUACAAAAUGGUAUAUUUUUAAGCACCCUGGUUUAAGAAGACAUACAUUGGCAGGAGUCUCCCUGAACAAAACAUUGAAAAACCAGAAAAUCACUGAGGAGCC